UCACAAUGUUUUCGAAUCCACAUAUUACUGGAUCAACGGCAACCCCUCGUUUCUGAAAAAUUUCCCGAGAAAACUAUUAGUUUUCCCGGAAAAUUCAUUACCCAGAAACAAAUUUUUAUUUUCUUCGGAUUUGGGUUCAAAGUUUUCAUUUUUAUCGCGAGAUGUCGUGUGAAUUUUAGUGGGCAUCUGGAAAAAUCUCAAAUUUCGGAUUCGAUUAGUGAUUUUUUGUUUCUUUGUCGAUUGGAUCCGGUGGUGUGAUUCGAUGGGGUCAUUGGAUGAAGGUCCUUUGAAUCUAGACCUUGAGAUCGGAUUGAAAAACGGCUCCUUUGAGCUUCCCUUCGAGCACCAACCAGAGACUUUAGCGAUCCAAGACGCCGUCAAGCUUCUCCUGCAAGGUCUUCACGAAGAUGUCAACAGAGAAGGCAUCAAAAAGACUCCUUUUCGCGUCGCCAAGGCCCUUCGUGAAGGCACCAGAGGUUAUAAGCAAAAAGUGAAGGAGUAUGUACAGAGCGCUCUGUUUCCAGAAGCAGGGCUAGAUUCAGGAGUUGGGCAAGCGGGAGGAGUGGGAGGACUCGUUGUGGUUCGAGACCUCGACCACUACUCUUACUGUGAGUCUUGCUUGCUUCCUUUUCACGUCAGGUGUCACAUAGGCUACGUCCCAUCCGAGCAGCGCGUCUUGGGACUGAGCAAGUUCUCUAGAGUCACUGAUGUUUUCGCCAAGCGGCUCCAGGAGCCUCAGCGUUUGGCUGAUGAGAUAUGCUCUGCGCUACAGCACUGGGUCAAACCGUCUGGUGUGGCUGUUGUUCUGCAAUGCUCUCACAUUCACUUCCCAAGCUUGGACUUAGUAGACUCGUCAAGUCAUGAUGGUUUUGUGAAGCUAAUGGUUUCCUCUGGUUCAGGUGUUUUCGAGGAUGAAAGGUCGAGUCUUUGGGGUGAGUUUAUGAGUUUCUUGAAGUUCAAAGGCGUAGCUGACGGCUCUGUGAAAGAGUGGUGCCCAAGCGUUAAGUCUAAACUCUUUCUUGAAGAAGAUCAAGAAAUGGUUUCUGCGGUUGUUACCAUUCUGAGAUCUUUAGGAGAAGAUCCAUCGAGGAAAGAACUCAUUGCUACACCUUCUCGGUUCCUUAACUGGAUGAUGAACUUCCAAAACGUUAACCUCGAGAUGAAGCUGCUAAACGGCUUUAACUCUGUCAAAGCCAAUGGAGAUAUCAGAGAGAAGAUGCUGCACUGUGAGCUGAAAAUGCCUUUUUGGUCAAUGUGUGAGCAUCACUUGCUUCCUUUCUACGGAGUUGUUCAUGUUGGCUACUAUUGCACCGAAGGAUCCAACGCUAUUGCAAGCUCGCUGGUGAAGUCUAUUGUGCAUUUUUACGGGUUCAAGCUUCAAGUGCAAGAGAGGAUGACUCGGCAGAUAGCUGAGAAGCUGUCUCCUCUUGUUGGUGGUGAUGUAAUAGUAGUGGCGGAAGCAGGGCACACUUGUAUGAUCUCUAGAGGGAUUGAGAAGUUUGGAAGCAGCACUGCGACUAUCGCGGUUUUGGGUCAGUUUUGUAAUGACAGUUCAGCAAGAGCAGAGUUUCUAGACAAGAUCCAUACAACAACUACUGCAUUGUAAGGCAGAUUCAAGCUCCCCUAUUUGAGAGUGUUUACUUGUUUUGUUUGUUGUUGUUUUUUCUUUCUACUUUAUAUCAUAAACACACUUCCAAGUCUCCAAACUUUGGAAGCAUAUCAAUUCCAAACACAAUCUUUAGAGUCUUA